AUGCCAAUCCUGUCUGUGGCUGACGGCCUCGGCUCUCUUCUCCGCCACCCACCCUACCCAUGUCCUCCUUCCUAGCCCCUCCCCCUCCACGGCUCCCAGGUGCUAGGGUUAGGCUCCAACCUCCUUCCGCCGACGCCGAGAGGCCGUCACUCAGAUUUAGGCCUCGCAGAGCUGCUCCCAAGGGACAGAGGCUGGUGCACAUCUCAUGCUUUAGGCAGGAGCAAGAUGGGUCAACAACUUCUGAUGAUGGCACUGGACUCAAGUACACUGAGCUGGUGGAGAUCUUGGGGGAUGGUGAGCUUAAGGAGGAAGAGGGACAAAGCCCCAAUGAGGAAGGGAAGAACUAUGAAAAGGGUGAUUGGUUUGUUGGAUUGCAGAAGAUAAAGGACAAUCUACACGAGAGAAUAUUCAGAUUCUGGAAUGAACGCUGGAUGGUACCUUGGACUGGACAAACUAUUGCCCAGGUCAUGUUUUUGUGGAUUGCUACAUUUUGGCUCGUGGGUUCCUGGAUAGUGCCAUUCUUGGCUCAUGCUGCUGGCUUUAACAAGGAAACAUUGACGCACAGGGGGCAAGCAUUAUAUAGCCUCUUGACAGACAUAACUGAAGGCCUUGCUGGGAUUGCUAUCCUUCACCAAUGCCUUGGUAGAUUCCGCCCCCUUCCUCCAGGCUGGUUUGAGUUCAAAUUGAAGGGCGGAUGGCAUUGGGAUGUAGCUUUUGGGUGCCUGUUAUUUCCAUUGGUUAAUUUGCUUUCUCAUAUCAACAUCAACCUAGUUCAUAUGUCAUCAGGGCCAGUUGCUGGGGUAUCCAGUGUGGAACAAUCAAUUGUGGCUCGUGACCCGGUGGCAAUGGCCUUAUAUGCUGUGGUAGUCACUGUAUGUGCACCUAUAUGGGAAGAGGUUGUGUUCCGUGGUUUCCUUCUUCCAUCUCUAACAAGAUACAUGCCUCUUCCAUGGUCAAUCCUGGCAAGUGCUGCAGCUUUCGCACUGGCACACUUCAAUGCACAAAGGGUGUUGCCGUUGAUUUUUCUUGGGGUUGUGAUGGGAGGUGUCUUUGCCAAAUCACGCAACCUAUUGGCAUCAAUGGUGCUUCAUAGCCUUUGGAACGGCUUUGUGUUCUUGGAUUUGAUGAAGUGAGCUAUGCCGAUAUGGUUGUCCAGCUUGGUAUCUCUGAUGGACUCUCCUCCGAGUCUUCUGUUUUCAUUAGAAGAAACUUUAAAUUUUGUGUGGAGUAUAGAAGCUAACACAGGUUAGUUGUCAGAUUGUUUGUGUGGAAGAAAUCAUGCAGAGGAAAGGGAAAGGAAAUCGCAGUCCAGCAUUCUUACUAGAGAAUAAAUAACGGAAGACAACUUUCUGAAGAGUGUGUAGGGGUGAUACUGCGGCCAUAGGACUUGCACCAGAACCAUCGUGCUCAAUCAUAUAAAGUAUAUACCCAUGAGAACAAUUGUUCAUUGUGUAUGUAAAGAAUUUUCCCAUUCAUAAACUAGUUUUGUAAUUGUCUUGAUUAUGCGGUCAGAAAAUAUAAAUUGAUUGGUAUGUCUUGUCCGGUGACUUGACUAGUUCAUGUGUCAGCAGUUACCAUUUUUUUUACCUUCA